AAAGAACACAAUUGAGUAACAAACUUACAAUUGUAAUAAGCUCUUGCAUAAGCUCUUAAUACGUCACCUGCCGCUUCGCCUUAUUAGUCACUCCCGGUAGCUGUGUAACACAGUACUACAUAUAUUAGGUACAUACCUGUUAAUUAUUUAUUACUAAGGUAGUCAACUACCUAAAGUACCUAACAUAUCAACCGACUAUAAGUCAACAAUCCUUUCUAAUCUUCAACUUGAUUAAAAUAAGUGAAUACAUACAUACUAACCGAGUCAUACUUAAUAACGUAAAUACCAACGCUAUGGCUUCAACCACACCUAGUACCUCCCUAGGGCUGCUAGAUCUCCCAACUGAUAUCCUUGUCAUGCUCCCCGAGUUCUUACACAACAUUGAGGACUACGUAAACCUAUCUUCAACAUGUCGUACACUGAGGAAAUGUACGAAUGCCGCAUCACCCAACGUUAUCCUGCACCUCGCCCACGCCUCUAGCCGCGUAUUCUUUCGGCCCGACCCAUUCUUCCUGAUCUGUGCUACGGCCCGCGAGCUCGGCACCUGGGCCCGGAAGUCCGAUGAGAACGAGGCCGAGUUAGCUGCUGGCAUGCCCCGCGGCGCUGACCACCUCAUGGACCUGGCCUUGCGCCACUGCGGCCUAACCAUGGCUCGUAUCCGCGAGCUUCAUGCCUUGCGUUUCUCCGUUAUCAACCCCGUUUCCGACCUCAUCGACAAGUGCAUCGGAGACCAGUGGUACGCCACCCCGAAUUUCUGGUAUGGCGGCGUUGACGACGCGUAUACUAUCUACGUCGACGUUAACGAGACGUUCUUCAACCUGGCUAUCUACGGCGAGCUGUUCGGGCCUGACUUUGAUCCCUUCUUUGACUCUGAGACAGACUUCUCGUUCCGGAGGAGACUCAAGGUCGACACUAGGUUCGAGUAUAUCAAAUACUGCCUCCCCGACGUUUGGGUCGCAUGUUUCGAAACUGUUAGUGAUCUUGAGAGGCGGGUUGGAUCAUAUGACCCACGACGGGAUAUUAUUUACCACCCUGAGGGUCCCUAUGCACGACGAGGAAUGGAAGAGUCCCGGUCUUAUUUCAACCACACCAUAGGGCUUAUAUGGCUUAUGAAGAGCACUCGCUGGCGGCCGCACUGGAUAAAAGCCAGGAAGGCGGCGGGAGCGGGACCAGAAUUCGCUGACAACAUUGGGGACUUGGGCAUUGCUACCAGCAGCUGGAGACAGCUCAUGCUGGAAAACGUGAUGCAGUGCCAGGGGCUAGAAGGCCUGGGGAUGAUCCGGGAAGGGACAGAAAUUGCGGAGCGGUGGAAGCCCAAAAUCAGGGAAUGGAGGGACAAGAUUGAGCGUAUGGAAGAGCCUGUGACUACCAAGGUGGGCCUUGAUGAUAUGUACGAGUAUCCUGACCUCUUCGGAGAUCUUCGAAUGUGCUGUACCGGAUAUUUAUUGAAAACUUAAGAUCGUAUAGGAAGUUCGUUUAAGAGAAGGUGAGCAAUGAUGAUACUAUAUGUGCUCUCUAGCAUGGAAAAAGGAUAAGCAGACAUAAUUCGUUGCCUUACCUAGGUAGACACCCAACCCAAAAUCACUUUGUGGUAAGUAGACCAGUGUCAAGCCCACUAAGACGCCUAGACAAUUAUUGGUACUAGCUAUAGCUAUCCAUCAUCUCGUUUCCCUAA